AUGAAGGUUCUCCACACAAAAGCGGCCACGGAGCCUAUUCUUCUCGCUACCACAUGUCACAAUAUGAAUUUAUUUGCCAUCAUCACACGAUCCCUCGUUGUGGUGUAUCGAUCAACUACUCUCACUGUAGUAACUACACUUCCUCUCACACAGCGAGAAGAUGAGAUAACGGUAUCCGCCUGUUGGUCACCAUCUGGUCGAUUACUCGCAAUUGGACUGCAGUGCGGGGAUGUGUAUAUUUUAGAUGUGGAGAGUGGAGAUCUCGUGCGGCGAUUUGUUCCUCGUAGAAGUUUGGCAUUCACAGAGAAAGUGUCUCGUCCACCCAUUCCAUUAGGUGAAACUGCUCCUACUGUUACUAGUCCUAGUAAGAAUAGAAAGAAAAGUUAUGAAAAUGAAAAUGAGGAUGGAGAUGAUGAUGGGGAUAGUGAGUAUGAUAAAGAAGUAGAUCCACUUAAAAAACCUCCUAUUUUACCUAUUUCAGUAAAUGAAGCUAUUAUCGCAUGUACAUGGACCUCCGUUCCUUCACGUUUAUCCGCAAUGAAUAGUCAUAAAGAAUUAUGUUUACCUCUUCGAGUUACUGUCUCUUCUCCUAUUCUUGAGGAAAUGGAACGUGAAAAUGAGUCUACUGUGUUAUUAUUACUGGAUCAAAAAGGAUCUUUAUGUUUACUUCCUGGUGGUAUACAGGAGGCAACUGUAAUGAAGGUUUCUCUACCAUUUUUAUUAGAUCCUAUGCGAAUGCGAGUAGAAUCAUUCCUUGUAACAAUGACAUCUACAUUAGAAAAAAAUGACCUUUGUGGUAGUAAUAGUAAUAAUAAUAAUACGAAUAAUAAUAAUAAUAAUAAUAAUAGUAGUGGUAUUAGUAUUAAUAGUAAUAGUAAUAAUAAUAAUAAUAAUGGUAUUAAUUAUUUUCUUAGUGAUUGUGGUAAUACUGCAAUCACACAUGCAGGAUAUAUGGUUUUACAAGAAAUUGGAGUAGCCGGAACUGUAUCCAAUACUUCAUCACAAUUAAUACGAAUUCCUCUGGCGGAUGUAAUUGCAAGUGUAACAAGUAGUGAAACAGUUGCAUUUUGCUGUAUUGUGGAGUAUUAUCGUAUGGGUAAAGUUUCCUAUCAAAAUGCCCAAAGACGUUGGUUAAAACUUCUUCAAACAGUUCGAAAUGAUUUAUUUUUACCUCAACAUGCCAUGUUAUUACGUGAUGCCCUUGUAGAGGAUAUUACUCAUCCUUCUAGAGGAGAUAUGUCAGCAUACUUUAAUAAAUUAAAUCUUACUACACUUACAAAUGAUAUGGAAGAAAUAUCACGUCAAUUUGCUGAACUUAUUCUUCAAAUCUCUAAUGUGGCUUAUCGUUGUUAUGAUAUUGCUCUUCACAUGUCCCAAAUGCAUUCUAGUGAUAGAAGACGUCAAUAUCUUUUAAUGGAUGUUAUUGGAUCUAUGCGAGAACGUUGUAGUCAUUUUAUGCGGCAAAUGCGAUUAGAAGCCGAUCAUGAGAAGGAACUUUUACAGUGGGUAAUACAACGAGCCUCACUUUUAACGAGUAAAACUCCACAAUCUACAGAAACCGGAUUUAUUUCUCACCCACCAUUACGAGCUGUACGGCAUCCUUCACUACUUCGAUCACUACAUCGUAUUGAACGUGGUAAAUCCACAACACUUCCAUUAUUAGAUGAAAUAAGUCCAUAUGGAAGAGAAAGAGGAGAAGAAAAUGAAGAAAGAGAUGAUAAUGAUGAUCAAUUACAACAAAUAGUACAAGAAUAUCUUUUAGGUAAAAGUGAAACUUUUGGAAUUGUGGUACCUUUAUUGGAUGUAGAAAACAUUGGACCUAUUUUCAAACGAUAUUGUGAAGUACUUCCCACAGAAGAAGAAGAAGAAGAAGAGGAAACAUCAUCAGCAAUAGUCUCCAUAAGAGAUAAUAUUCAGGUACAGGCUGUUACCCUUACACAAUCACAACCUAUUGUUCCCCUCAUGAGUCUCUAUUCACCAGUACUCGAUAAUAAUAAUAAUAAUAAUAAUAAUAAUAAUAAUAAUAAUAAUAAAGGUAUAUGUCUUGUAGCCCAAAAGGAAUUUAAUAUUGUCGAUAUCUCACCUUUACAACUGUCAGCAACAGGAACAGGAGAAGAAAAUAGAUUUCUUUGGUGUGGUGUAGUAGAUGAGGGAGGUCAUUCUGUACUUUUGUGGGAGCGAUCAACGGCUUCUCUUACAGGUGGUGGAUCAGAACAUGCAUUAGUGGUAGUAUUAGUGGAUGAAAGUGGUGCUAUUGAACUGCAGACCUUGGAUGAGGAUGAGGAAGAAGAAGAGAAAGAAAAGGAAGAUAAUAAUAAUAAUAAUAAUAAUAAUAAUAAUAAUAACAUUAGAGUUGAAGGAUCAGCAGCGGCUGUGGGAGGAGGUGAUGAUGGGAUUGAACAGAACAAGUAUGCUGUACUUGAAAUUAAAGGUAUUUCUACACGUUAUCUACGAGCUUCUGUCAGUCGUGCACGUGGGUUUGGUGUGUUUUAUGCAAAGGAACGAUUUGUGGUUCUUGACUUCUACGUUGGUUAG